GUUUCGUAGUAGGUGAUCAUCCCUAUUAUUUAAAUGUCUUUUUGACACUAGUUUUCGUCCGUCACGAAUGAAGAAAACAUAAUCGAUCUACACACACCUAUUGGAACGUCGUCCAACCUGCCAACGUAUUAGAAUGGUCUUGCUUGAUAAUUCAUCGUUUAUACUUCGCCUGGAGAAGCUGGCGUCCUCAGCGAAGGCAGAUUCUUCAUUUACCGUCACAUUUAAACGUUAUAAUGGUCAUGACAGACCAAAACCACGCGAAGGGAAGCCUGCCCUACCAGAACCUGAGGAGUAUUUGUGUCUUAUGAGAGCUCAGUCAAAAUCGAAAAAGAUUUCCACUGUUGUUAAACACGAAGAUGUGCCCAAAAUGUUGACCAUGUACGGCCAGUUUAUGAAAAGUAAUAUGGAUGGUUUGAAACGUGUUAAAAAAGUCAAAAGCAAAGCUAAAGCCGCCAAGGGAUAAAGUUCAAUUGAUUUACUGAAUUCCUAAAUAUUGCUUAACAUUAAAAACUAUUUUAGCAUUAAUGGUAAUUUUUUACAAUACAUGAACAGUGUGUUCGUUCGUAAAACACAAUGAAAUUUUAUUUUGAAUAUGAAAAAAACUUAA